CCAAGUCAUUCCAUUUGGCAAACCUGGCCACAUACGGAACAUUUUUCGUGACCACUUUUUUUCUCUCUACGCUAUCGAGAUAACUCUCCUUACUCUUCCUUCAUGACUGUAGUAUAGAGUUCAAUGCUUCACAUAGGCCGGUAUUCAUAGUUCGUUCCACAGGCUCAAUCCAGUUUAUAUAUCUAUAGCUUAAAGAAAAAGACAAUAAAUUACGUGUAUUAUUAGCUAUGAUAUAACGGCCGAACAAAAGCACUUUUAUAAAUUCAACAUACCUGCGUGCCUAAGAGAAUGAAAAGAAAUGGCAGAUUUUUGACAACGGCAAUGAUUACUUAACAUCUACUACUUGCUACAAUGGAAGUUUCAUCAAGUAACAAAGAUUUCAACGAAAAGGAACACUUCAUCAAUAACAGUGAAUCAAAUAUCUCUAAUGAUAUUCCAAGAUGCAAUGACGAAAAAGGAGCACACAAUAGGAAAGAUGAGAAAAAUGUUGAAGAAAACUUAGAAAAUAUCGCAUGCGAUUCUGUGUCGAUUAACAAUAGUUAUCUAGAUAAUGAAAGUGACCAUAACAAACCAGGGGAUAGUAAAAAGAAUGAAUUGAGAGCUAGUGAUAAAUACUGCAAUGAAGAUAACAACAUUAAUAAUACUAAAAAAUUAUUAUCAAAAAGAUUUUUAAAUCUUGUGGAUAGCGAUUCCGAAAAUGAAUCUACUUUGUAUGAAACAUUGACAAAAACUUAUAGUCCCAAUGAAAAUGAUGAACAUUUAAACAUUGCAAAAUAUAAGAAAAAUCUUAAAAAUAAAAAUGCAAGAAUGGAAAGCGAAUAUGAAGAUGACACACAGAUGAGCAAGAUUAAUAACUUUUCUCAAACUGUUGAUAAAACUAUAAAUAUUACUACUAGUGGCUAUCAAUCUUUAAUAGAUUCUGAAUCUGAAGAAGAAGAAGGAGAAACACAGGAUUCUGUUGUUGCAUUUGAAAAAUUUAACAUAUCUGAGGAUAAAAGUAGUAAAAAAGAAUUUGUUAAAAAGAGAAAGGGAUCUAUCAGAGCUUCAAAAGAUGAUGCAAUGCGUCAGAUACAUAGUGAAACCCAACGUUUAUUAAGAGAAACAGAAAUUUCUCUACCAUAUCACAAACCAAAACAGCGUACGUUACAGGAAUUCUUGAACAGAAAGAAAAUAUUGGCAUCUCUUCCAAAGGCACCUACAACAGUUGCAAAACUGAAAAUGUCAUCUGCAAUAGUAAGCCAAGUUGUUGCGGAAAAAGAAAGAGAAGCAGAAUUCUUUUAUAAAUCUUCAGAUUCAGAAGAUGAUACGCAACAAUCUAUAUCUUUUGCUGCUAGAGAUAUAAAAAAGUCUUCCAUUACAUAUAAAAAAAUGCCAUUGACAGAUGUCAAAAAUAUGUGUAUACAAAAUUCUCAAAAAAUUGAUACAAGCAAUCAAGCUAUACAUAAUGAAGGAAAGAUUGUACAAGACCAUAUAUAUCUCAAUACAUCUAUGGUAUCUGAAAAAGAUUUUAGCAAAGUAGAUUAUCAAAAUAAAGAGUCAUCUUUCAUAACUGAGAAUAGCAGUAAUCAUGAUGAUGAAUCUAAUACAUUAUUACAACAAAUAGAUAAUGAAGACAAACAAAACCAUCAAAAAUGUAAUGUAUCGAGAAAAUUGUUUGAUACAUGUUUUGGGAGCAAAACAAAUGAAGAUUCUGAUCUAGAUUCCAACAAACAAGAGACCGAAGGAAUAGUUAAAACUAUUAUUACUUCCUUGGAGAAGGAAAAAUAUAUCAAUUAUAAGAAGAAAUCAGAAAUUAGUAUGACAGAAAAUCACAUAUCAGAAAUAUCACAAGUAUAUCAAUGUGAUUCUGAAGCAAUUAACAUAGAUAGAAAUAAAAAUUUGAUUGCAGAAACAAAAAUAUUAGAAAUUCCUAAUGAUAUAAGUAAUAAGGAAAUAGCUGAAACUCUUCAAAGGGAUAAUUAUAAGAUAGAUAAUAUUGUUACAUUUGUAAAUUCUGAUGAUUUUAUUAUAAUACAAGAUGAAAAUGAUAAAAAAAAGGAUAAGUACGAUAAAACGGAUAUAUCACCAUCUAUUAUUUUAACUGAUGACACUCCAUCAAAAUAUGAAAAUAAUUCUUUAACAGAAGAAUGUAAAGACUCUGAUAAUCAUGCACUUGGUUUGCCAUUUUCGAAAUUUGUAGAUGAGACUUUAAUUGAUAGAAAAAAAUUAUUACCAAAAUUAGUACCAAAUUCUAUAGUUACACUAAAAGGAUCACCAGGUAUGAUUAUUGAUUUGACGAAUAAUGUGAAAUCAUAUGGAAAAGGUGUAAAUACUUUAUUAGAUAGAUUUUUCUGUAAACAUGUUAUUAAUGCAAAAAGACAGGCUAACGAUAAAUCUCAAGAAACUAUGGUAGACUUACAAAAUACUCCAAACAGUCCUCUUUUGAUUAAGGAAUUACUUCCAUAUAAUUUACCCACUAAUACUGAUAAUCCUGAGUUGAGUAAGCCUGGGGCCAAGUUAAUACGUUUAAAAGAAGAUCUAAAGUUACAAAUGACUAUAAAACGUAAUGAAGAAUGGAAGCAUAAAAAAAUAGAAUUACAAGAAAAAGAAAAAUGGGAUGAGGAAGAAGAGAGUGAUUAUGAUUCAAAUGGACAGGAAAAAAUUCCUAAUUUUGAAUCAAGUGAUAGUGGAGAAAGCGAACUCGAAGAGGAUGAUAUUUGUAUUAAGGACAAAAAAAGGAGUAAGUGCUUACUUGUAGACGACGAAGUUGAAGUUACAGACAAUGAAGAUUCAAGUACAGAUGCAGAAGAGACAUAUAGCAAGAAUGAUGUGGUUCAAGCAAAAUAUAACAAUAAACAGUCCGCAAACCUUAAGUGUAGAGAAGAACAUAUGGAUGAUAGUACAAGUGAAAUAGAGACUGAACAGGAAGAAGAUGUAAUAGAUUCCGACACAGAUAUAGAGAAUAGAAGUGAAUAUGAUUCUAAAGAAAAUGAUAAUAAUAUUUGUAAAAACUUUGAUAUUAUUAAGAAUAAAAAAGAUAAAACAAAGCAGUUGAUAGAGGAGUUUCAAGGCGAUUUAAACAUUACAAAUCCGAUCUAUCCGGAAAAUGAUAAUAAACAAUUAAAAAACGUUUUGAAAGAUGUAAAUAUGUAUGGGAUACAGUAUGAAGAUAAUGAUUUAAUAAGUGAGAACAAAAGCAAUAUGCCUGCUAAUCAAAAGGAUGCAGAAGUUAUUACUAGAAGCCAAAUAAAUAAGACACCUUCGACAAAGACAAGUAUGCUUGACUUUGUUUCUCCUAUAACACAAUUAAGUGUAUUAAAUACUACUUUGGAUUCUCCAAAAAAUAAGAAAGAUACACUAGAAGAUAAAGAAUAUCUGUUUGAUGCAGAUGAGAAAUCCAUUUUUAUGGAAAACACACAAAGCGAUAGGUCUUCUGAAUAUGCACAAAAUAUUGGAAACAAAAAUAUUUUAAGGAAAAAACUAUUUGACGAUACUAAAGAAACUGUUGAUGAUGAAUAUCUUAUGCGAUUAUGUUCAGGUAAAUUUGACUCCACGCAAAAAACCGAUUUAGAUUUAUCUUUACAAACGACUAACAGUAAAUCGCGAUUAUGUCCAGAAAAUUGGAAUACGAAACUGAUCGAUAUCAAAGAAUUAAAAAGUCUUGAAAUAGAAGAUAAAAACUCUCAAGAUGUAAAACUGAUAUUAGAUGAAGAUUCUAAUAAUUCUGUAAAUCACAUGAGCAAAAUGGAACAAGUUGGUGAAAUAGUUUCGGAAUUAAAACUGACGAUUGUUUCUUCAGACGAUGAUGAUCAAUUGGAUGAAACGGAUACGUUUUUGAAACCCAGAAAACGUUCAGUAAAAAGAUUGCAUUUAUCUGAUUCGGAGGAGGAAAAUGCUCAAUCGUCCGACGAAGAGAACGAUGGUAUGGAUAAGGAGACAGAAGAACAAUAUAUAGAUUAUGAUUCCGAAGAGAACGAAGUUGUACCGGAAAAAGAUAUAAAAAAAGUUGCGGCUGAUUUUUUGGAUGAAGAGGCUGAAUUGAGCGAAAGUGAUUGGGAUUCCGCUGAUGAGGACGAAAAAGAUUUGGAUAAAUUAGAAUACGAAGAAGCUGAUGACGAACAUAUAGACGAACAUGAAAUGAAAAAUCAAUUGGAGAAGAUUCAUAGAACGUACAUGAGACAGGUGCUAAAUGAAGAUAAAAAGGAAGUUAGAUUACUUCAAGAAUUAUUAUUUGAGGAUGGAGAUUUGCACACCAAUGGAAUAAGUCGCGAGCGCAAGUUCAAGUGGAGAAAUAUAGAUAAAUUAGAAAGUAAUAAUGAAAUGUCACAAGCAUCUGACGAGAAGGAUGGCUGGAUAGAUGUGCAAGAAGAAGAGGAAGAAGCAAAGUGGAGUAAACUCAGGCAAGAAAGAGACAAGUUUCUUGAAGACAGGAUGAAAUGUUCGAAUAAUGAAAUUGAGGAUGAGUUAUGCAAUAGUCAAAUUUUUAAAUUUGGACUGGAAGCGCUUAAAAAGAUUAAGAAUGAUGAAUCUCAAGAACUAUAUGCUUCUGAUAACAAAAUAGAUUCAUCUGAAAACAUGGAACCAAUUAUGCCGCGAAAUAUAACAGACUUAUUGAAUAGACCAAAUACCGGAAAAAAAUCCCAGACGAUAUAUAAUGUUAUAAAAAAACGUUCGCUUUUAACUCGAGGAGAAGAGUCGUUGGCGAAGAUAGCUUCAUUGGCAAAGCAAGGUGAAUCUGCUUCUCAUACAAUAAAUGCAAGAAAUUUUGUCUUUCAAUAUAUUAACCUAAAUAAUACAUCUGAAAAGAACGACAAAAUUAGAGAGGAAGAUGAGGAUUCACAAGGCAAGCCUCAGAAGAGAAGAGCAACAUCAAAUUUUUCAUUGACAACGAAAAAAAGACGAAAAUAAAACUGUUCUUUUGGAAAAAAAAUAAUUUUAAUUUUAUUUUUACACAAGUAAUAUUUAAUAUAGUUUUAAAUUAUUACAAAUUAAUUAUAAACUUAUUUUUGUUAAGCUAUUUCUGGAAAUUUAUUAUAUAAGAAUUUAAUAAUAAAAUAGGAAUAAGUGGGUCUUUUUUAUAUAUAUAAAUAACAAAUAUGUACAUUACAAUAUAAUAAAGAAGUUUUCCUUUUUCAUUUUUAUAAAAG